AUGGUGGGGAGCUCAAGCGGAGGAGAGCGCAGGGGAGGCGGGGAGGAGUAUGAUGGAGUCCCCGGGACUGACCAGCGGCAGCGACACGACACAGCAGCGAGAGGUAAGGCUAUUGAAUGGGUACAGACCUACUAUAAUGAAGAUAUUCAUGUCAUCCUUAUAUAUGUGUGUGUGUGCUUGUGUUUGUCCCCCAUAGAUGAGCAACUCAACUCAGAGGAGAAGAAAAAGCGUAAACAGAGGCGGAAUAGGACCACGUUCAACAGCAGUCAACUGCAGGCUUUAGAGAGAGUGUUUGAGAGGACGCACUACCCCGAUGCUUUUGUCAGGGAGGACUUAGCACGCCGGGUCAACCUCACCGAAGCUCGAGUGCAGGUGUGGUUUCAAAAUCGGCGGGCUAAGUUUCGGCGAAAUGAACGUGCAAUGCUGGCCAGUAAAAACGCCUCAUUGCUCAAGUCUUUCUCAGGAGAAGUAACAGCCGUAGAGCAGCCCAUUGUCCCACGACCCGCUCCCAGACCCAAUGACUACCUGUCCUGGGGCAGCUCACCGUCGUACAGUGCCAUGGCAACUUAUUCUCCAUCAUGCGCUGCCAACAACACAGCCCAAGGCAUGAAUAUGGCCAACAGUAUCGCCAACCUGAGACUGAAGGCCAAAGAAUAUAGCCUGAACCAGGUGCCCACCGUCAACUGAAGCGGACAGCAGGGCUUUCAGAGACUCUGAGCCACAUGUCAGAGAACAAUCCCAAUGUCCUGACAAAACCGGCCCCAAACUAUUGACAUUAAUGUUGUUUUCUGUCCUCUUCUACGUGUUUUACUCUUAUCCAUCAAACAAAUGAAGUAAAAGAGAAUAUCUUCAAGGUACAGAGCUUUCCUAAACCAAUGAUUUACAUAAGGAUGUCAUGUUCUUGGUAUGUGGGAAAAUGACAUGUGGGAAAAUUCAGUUGCGGAAAGCACAAAAUGGACUCUUUCUCUGUUCACACUCACUGUGGCAGCAUGAGUGUGGUCAUCCCGUUUGAAGACUAUAGAUUGCUUUCUCGAGACUGUUGCUGACCACAGGGAUUUGAUGACCUCUGUGGAAUCCAUGUACUUCAAUCUUGUGGACAUCUGGGAAGUUUUUAGGAUUUCCCCUUGAUUUCUCCUUGGAACUCAUAAAUAUGCACCGAGGCCACAAAGUGGGAUUUGGAUAUUUUGAUUAUUUGGAGCCGGGUGAAAUUUGGCUUCCUUGUUACCGUAGUCUAAAAUCACCCUUCACUGUUUUCAGUUUAAAACAUGCCGGGGUUAUUUGUUCAUUUUGGCAUACACAGAACUCUAGCCAUGUAUGCAAGUAAUGAAUUUGGAGCCUAGUUGAUUUUACCCAUUUAUAUUGUCGAAAUAUAUCUAAACAUGUAAUACUCCUUUGCAAUAAAGAUGUCCAAGCAGUGUAACAGCCUUAUGUUUC